ACAUUCUGCUUUUUAUUUUGUUUAUAGGGUUUGUGAUAGGCGACAAUAAUGCCACCAAAGAAAAGGAAACUGGCAUUGCCAGCAAAGGUUGGCAAGAUACGCCAAUACUUGACAGAUAAUUUUAGCAUCUUCCCUGAAGAACUGAAGAAUUUCAAGAAUGGCCAUGUACUUCUUCAGUACAUCAUAAAUGACAGCUCUAGGACAAUGACUAUAAAGGCAGUGAUGAAAAAACUUCCAUCAUGUGUCAUUAAUCUCAGCCAGCUUCAAUCUCUUCUGACCCAAGCAAAGAAGUUCAAGAAUUUAAGGCGUGAUUCUGAAAUGGAGAAAUACGCAUCCCUUUGCAACCAAUUGUUCAAUCCUGUCAAUGAAGAUCCUGAGCCAGAGACCUCCAAGCUAGAACAUUUUGACAGUCCAAAGGAGGUUCAGCCUCAGCCUGGAACAUCACAACAGCUUGACCCCCAGCCUGGAACAUCACAACAGCUUGAUCCCCAGCCUGGAACAUCACAACAGCUUGACCCCCAGCCUGGAACAUCACAACAGCUUGACCCCCAGCCUGGAACAUCACAACAGCUUGACCCCCAGCCUGGAACAUCACAACAGCUUGACCCCCAGCCUGGAACUUCAGCACAGCUUGAGCCCCGCCCCCAGCCUGGAACUUCAGAACAGUCUAUUGAUCCCCAGCUGCCAAAGACACCAAGAUCAUCUUCGUCUAAUCGCUCCUCUCCACGUCAAGGGCUUCUUACUCCCAGGAAAUUGAAGCUGAAAAAAAGAUUGGAGUAUCUUUCCCAGACAAGGAGUACCAUGAAGCUUAAGUACAAAAAUAAGAUUGCAAAAUUGCGACAUGAAAUCAACUACCAAAGUCUGCAUAAAGUAAAAUAUCUAAACCAGGUAAUAACCCGCAAAGACCUUUCACUAAAAAAGAAGGACAACAAAAUAAAACGCCUCAGAGUACAGUUUUCAAAGACGGUGUUGGCAAAGGAGCUGGCUGAAACAAAGAAAAAACUAAAAAAUUCAAGGCGAAACAACAAACGACUACAAAAUGUGAACAAGAAGAGAUGCUCCUCUGAAGCUACUGAUGAUGUCGAAUUCCAGAAACUGCAGGAUGAAGUCAAUGUGAAAACUUCAACUAUAAUAGCCUUGGAGAAUGAAAACCUUUGUUUACAAGAGACAGUCGAGUCAUUGCAGCUUGGGGAAAGUAAAUUACAGAAGGAAGGCAAAGUGUAUUCCCCAGAAAUGAGGAUGUUGGUGUAUGAUGCAGUAGUUAAUCAUGUUCCAACAAAAAACGUACCAACUCUGAUUCAACAGUUUGCGAGACGGUCUGGAGUUAUUCUUGACAAAGUUCCACACCGAAACACUGUAGAGAUGAUGACCAGGGAGUUAGGAGUCAUUUCUGAUUUUCAAGCUGCUGAAAUUCUUCUUCAAAAUCAAAAUAUCACUCUUGGUUUUGAUGCAACGACUCAAGAAGGUGUCCACGUCAAUAGUGUUCAUAUCACUACCCAGACAACCUGCCACAUACUUGAUAUUGACCAAUUGGCUGGUGGUACAUCAGAGGAUUACGCACUACACAUCGAAGCAAGUAUUCAACGCAUCAACGAUGUUUACUGCCAGUUCUACUCAACCAACUUCUCAGAAAAUCAGAAAAAAAUACUAAAUAACAUAUCAAAUACUAUGUCUGACAGAGCUGUAGUUAACCAUGCUACAAUACAACGACUUGAACUGUCCUGGAGAAAAUCCCUUAACGAGCUCAACUGUCACCUCCAUCCCUUAGAUACCAUCGCCAGUAAGACAAGAUCAACGCUAAAAAUUAUGGAGCCUGCUGAUGUUGGUAAAAAGUUAUGGGGGACUGAAUCCUUGAGUCACCAACUUGUUCUCGCAGUCAACAAACUACGUUAUAAAGACGGUCGCGGGGACCCAAAAGGUUUUAAAACCUACUUGGAUAAUGCUGGACUUCCAAGAGGACUCAUUCCAAGAUACAGGGGUAACCGCCUCCACAUAAUGUUUCACAUCUGUGGCAAACUUCAUUCACAUCGUGAUUUUUUUCUGAAGAUGUUUGAAGAAGGAACUGUUACUUGCGGUGGUCUUCUGGGGGGGAUAAGGCAAGAUUUCUUGAAUCCUUGUUCCCAAGUUGAAAUUCAAAUUCUGGGGCUGAUCGGAAAAUUACUCUCAGGACCAUGGAUGGCCACGUUUUACACAUCCAGUGAGUCUCCAAUCAGUCACAUCGAUGGCAUCACCAUUGUCAAGGAAGUUGUUGCUCUUAUGAAGAAGUUUUCCCUCACCCCACUUGACACGCUGUCCACUACAACAGAUUUCUUCGGCAAUGAACUCAAGUCUACUGAUGAAACUCUCGGCAAACUCCAACAGAAGCCAGCAGAUGAUCCAUUAUUUGAGACAAUGAUGGGGGCCUGUCUCUCUGCAAGUGUUAGUGUACUAGAAAAACAAUAUGAGCGGUACUUCGGCACCGACUUGACCGACAAAUUAAGAACAGAAACUGAGUCUGCAAGAUGCCACAACAUAGAUGCCGAGGAAAUAAUGGGGAUGUUUAGUGCCUCUAAAGAACGUGCCCCCAAUGCAACGAUGUGUUAUUUGUCGUCAAGGAUCCGGGCGCAGAAGAAUAAGGUGGUUGAUUUUCUCGACAAUCUGGAAGAAGAAAAGAGAGCAAAGCUGAUUGAGGUGGCAAUAACAUUAGGAAGAAAGCACAGACAAGAGAGACGGAAGAAAAGUAGAGAAAUCCAAGCAGAGAUUCGUAAACGGCUGGCUAAUAAACUCCAGAAACAGAAAACAAAAGACAGGCAGAAGCUGGAUCGAUUACUCAGAUCCUGUGACACAGGGUCACUGGAUUUAAGCAAACAAAAUGAAUUUGGGGAUUUGGGAGAAGACAGACUUCAAACCGUUAAGGACAUCAUUGCUGGGAAGAUUGUGGGUCACAAACUUUCACACAUUUGGUAUGAUGAAGACACUCAGGAGAAAACCGUGUACUUCGGGAAGGUAGAAAAAUUGUUGAAGAGAAAUGGGGGAACUUACCGGAUCGGGUACUGGAAAGAGGAUCAGCUGUAUGACGAUGAUGCAGAAGACUUUGACCUUUCGAAAUACACACUGGCAGUUGACUUCAUCUGUGAAGACUUGAUACUUUCAUAAAGAUACAUGUACAUGUUACUCAAUUGUAAG